UGUUGAUCUACUCCAUAAGAGAAAACUUAGAAUACCUCCUAGUCCUCUUUAACUAUACGUAUAUAUUGUAUUUUGCUAGAAAAUAACUUGAAUAGAUAUCUCAUACAAUUUUUUUUUUGAUAUACACUUAUUGUGAUAGUCUUAAAGAGAGAAAAAAUAAGUCUGAUAAAAGUUUCUUUGAAACUAAUAAGAUUAGAUAUUUCAUAUAUAAUUUCCCAUCAUACACUUAGGGUAAACGUCUCAAAGAAAAAAAAUUUGCCCCAUAAGAGUUUGUUUACUCGAAACCAACAAGAUUAGAGUUUCAUUGAAACUAAUAAUAAGACUAGAUAUUUCAUAUAGUUCCCUGUCAUACCCUUGAUUGAUGUAAGGGUCCCAAAGAAGAAUAAAUUGUCCGAGAAACUAACAAGACUAGAAACUUCAUAUAAUUUUUUUGAAUAGUACCAUCAAACUAAGAGAACCAGCUCCAACUCAAAAUAUGUAUAAAAAGAAAUUCAGAUUCUCCUUAUUAUCACUUUCAUUUUGAUUUCAAGCUCAAAAAUAUCUGCAAGGAAAGGAGAGGCCAAGCAGCGGUCCACACCUUGGGAGACUGUUUGGUAUUUCUUUGGAAAAUGGUCAUCUAUCGCAUUCCCUUCUUCCUUCUUCUAGUAGUCUUCGCCGGAAAUUGUGGUGCCGGCAAAGAUUAUGAGUGCAAGGUGACAAGAUGCAGCGAAUUCGGACCUGACAUCCGGUUCCCCUUCCGGAUAAAAGACCGUCAGCCAGCUCACUGUGGCUAUGGCCCUGCCUUUGACCUCUCUUGCACACAAAACAAUGAUACUGUGUUUGAUUAUGACCUCCAAUUUCCAGUGAGAGCAUCGACCAAGAGAAUUCUGCUUCCAUUAUCACUCAAGGUUUUGGUCACGGAUAUCCACUAUGAAUCUCAGGGGAUGAGUAUCAAUGUCGUGAAUGCAAGUUGUCUCCCACGGUGGCUUCCAAUUCCAACCCUGUAUAAUAAUAGUUCAUCUUCUGCCGGCUCUCCUUUCACGUUUGACUUCCUAGCCCCCGCAAGCGACUAUACACUAUUCAGUUGUCCCUCAAACAAAAGGCCCUCAACAUACCUUAUAUUUCAGGUCACCUGCCCUAGUGGUGGUCCUGGUCACCAAGUGUAUGCCGCUCCUUCUUCGGGGUUGUCCAUGUAUGAAUUAGUAACGGACCUAACAUCCUGCACCAAGAUGUAUAACAUUUCAGACGUUCCACUAGAAGUACUUUUGGGGGAUGAUAUUGGAUCAGACCUUCACUCUGUUGUAGCUUUUCUGGGAUGGUCCAAACCUUUUUGUGGAAAUUGUGAAGCAGAAAAUAAGUACUGCCAAUUGAAGAAAAACAGCACAAUCCAAGAUCAAACUGAAUGCCUCGACAUUCUUAUAACUCAACUCAGCUCAAGUACUACUGAUCAUGAGCCAUAUAUAGGUACCCCUGACUAGUUUUCCAAGUCGUCGUAUUCAAUCAAGUCCCUCACAUCAUAUAUAUCUCUUCUUUGAAUUUACAAUUCUUUUGUCCUUUUCAGGUGCAUCCUCACAUUCGCAUAAACAAGUUGUUGCAGGUGAAUAUAUAGGUAUCAUCGCUGGUGUGUUCCUUCUUGUGCUAGUCGUUGUUUCACUGUGUCUUGUUAUCAGGUCAAAUAUAAGAAAGAAAGAG